ACAAGUGCAGCCAAAGAUGCAAUAAUGUGCAAGUCUGCUGCUGUCAAAGCAGGAUAAUAAUUGGUCCACUGGGUGUGAUAUUACUAUUAUUGUUAUUUAUUAUCUUUGAUUACACAGUAUACAUUCUAGAAAAAUGGUCAGGACAGAUAGCUGAUCAUUCAUCAUUAAACGUCUUCGCAAGAUUUGCUUUGGUAUCCCCGUAAUAAUGUGCCCACAUUCCUGAAGGUGGCGUACAAAGAAUCUUACCCUCAAGAACAUACCAACCAUGGAGUCAACAAAGAAGCGCAAAUGUACUCUACCACCUCCAGUAACCAUUUCAAAUUUUGAUGAUUCAGAUCAGAGUUCAUCAUCUAGUGAAACCUUUGAAGCACAAAGACUUUUGAGAAGAAUUCCGAGUGAGAUGUGUAUGGUUUCAUUGUUAGAGGAACUAUGUGCCUGUUAUGCUAAGGACAGCCGAGAGCAGAGAAUUCUCUUCAAGAACCUGAGUGGAUACUUGUCAAAGGCCAAGAUGAUUCCUGUAACAACAACCCAGGAUGAGUUUCAACAAGUUAGAACAAACUACCGAAUAGCAAUUAGGAAUUUCCUUUACACUGCAUUGGCAGCUUCACAUGCCGAUCCAGAGGAAAGAUAUUUGUCAGUGCCAGCUACUGGUGUUACUGAGCAGAUUAGAAAGGCAUUUUUGAGAAACCGUAGUCCAGUGUUUUUCCCAUCUUUCCUGAAUCCAAACUUUCAGAAACAAUCGCCUCAGGUGACUUCCAGAUACAAAAAAGAUUUUGUAGAAUUAAAACGUAUUGGCAAAGGUGGAUUUGGCAGUGUUUACAAGGUGCGUAGUAUCUUAGAUAACCAAGAAUAUGCAAUUAAGAAGAUUAAGUUAAAAGGCACCGAUAAGGAAUUCUACGAGAAAGUAAUACGUGAAGUUAUCCUCUUAGCACGUAUGCAGCAUCCAAACAUAGUAAGAUACAAUACAGCUUGGAUAGACCACCAGCCUUCACAAUCAACUCCCAGGAACUGUCUACCAGCCAUAGAGUUUAAUCGUCAAGAAAGCUCUUCCAGUGACGAUGUUGAUAACGAGGAUUGCUGCAAACCAAUUUCUUCAGACUUUGUGCUUGCAAGCUGCAGCAUCAAAGAAAUUACUGAUGAAAUUAUUGAAGAAGAUUUAGAAUUUCAUCGUGAUCCAACUAUAGAGGAGGAAAUUGAUGAGAGUGAUGUGGAGUUUAAGUUUGAAUCUGAUACAUAUGAAUCUGAAGUGCACAUACAUUCCAACACCAAAAUCUCAUCAAGACAAUCUACCACAGUUUUGAACUCUGAAAACUUUCAGUUAACCAGUGAUGAACAAAUGGAAACAUAUGAAUUUACAGAUGUCACUACAUCAGCAACUGAAGAGUAUUUUUCAUCAAAACAAACAGAGAGCAUACAUUUAUGUGGUAGAUUUAGCUCGUAUAAUGUAUUGAGAUCCAAUAAUGGGAGUUACUCUGAGCAUAUUGAAUCUCAAAUGGAUUUGACAGAUGGUGCAAGUAAUGGGAAUUUAGCAUUUAAGAAGACAGAUAAUUUCCAUAGCUUGAGUAGCACUGCUUGUUUAGGCACAAGGAAAGAGGAACGGGAAAGAAAGCAUGAGGAUCAUGAUAAUCCUUCAGAAUUUGAGAAUUCAAAAGUUAUUUUGUAUAUCCAGAUGGAGCUGUGUAGUAGAACUUUAUGUGACUGGUUAGAAGAGAGGAAUGAUCGAGAUCCAGCAACAGGAUGUGAUGUUUUCUCUAUUGUGGAUGAGUCAGUUAACCAAGCAGUUUUCAAACAGAUGGCAGAAGGCAUCAGCUAUAUACAUUCAAAGAAUUUCCUGCAUAGAGAUCUGAAACCCAAAAAUAUCUUCCUCGCUGGUCCUGAGAAGGCAUUGCACAUUUGCAUCGGUGAUUUUGGAUUAGCGCGUGAACAGGAACAGAGAGGUGCAAUGACACCUACUGCAACACUUGAUCGCCAACUUCGUGAGGUUGUGAUGAUCCCUGAUGACAAACUAACAACUGACAUCGGCACAUCAACUUAUGCAUCACCUGAGCAGCUGUGUGACACAAUGUAUGAUCAUAAGUCUGACAUGUACAGUUUAGGUAUAAUAUGCUAUGAAUUGUACCACCCAUUCAAGAGCCAGAUGGAAAGAUCAAAAUGCCUUACAGCCCUGAGAAAGGGGAAUGUUGCAGAUGAGAUACAGACCAGGUGGCCACAUGAGGUACAGUAUUCUCUUAUGAUGUUACUGUUUUAGGUUUCUGUAACAAUA